AUGACUAGUCUAACAGUGGUCCCUGCUCCUCUCUCAGCCCUGGCUCCAGUUUCCUCUCGACACUUCAUCUUUGUCUAUGAGCUGAAGACCCAGGAGGAGGCGCGGAGCUACUGCAGACAGCACUACACCGACCUGGCCACUGUGGAGAACAUGGAGGACGUACUCACCCUAAACGAGAUGGUCGACCGGAGCAGACUGCAGCUGCUCAAACCUCCAGACGGAUUCCUCAAUGGUACCUGGAUCGGGCUGUAUGAUGACGUCAACACUUGGAGCUGGUCCCUGUCAGACCCGACCUACUACAGCGAGGGACAGGAGAACUACAGGAACUGGGCUCCUGGGCGCCCAAAUAACAUCCGCGCAAACCAGUUCUGUGUCUGGAUGUAUCAAAGCGGACAGUGGGAAGACUACGAAUGUACCUACCGAUUACAGGCCAUCUGUGUGAAUCUGACAGGAUCCUCAGAGACCUUUGUGCUCACUACUGCCUCCUUCACCUGGGAGGAGGCUCAGCAGUACUGCAGGCAGCACCACACAGACCUGGCCAGUGUGAAAAACGCAACCCAGAACAGCCAAAUCGCAGCCCUGAUCCCCACCAACAGUGCCUGGAUCGGCCUCAACAGGCAGCGCUGGAGGUGGCUGGAUGGAAACAACUCCACUUUCUCCUUCUGGAAAACCCUGCAGCCUGAUAACUAUGAAACACUCGAGCACUGUGUGGUGGCAGACUUUGAGUCUGGAGGAAGAUGGGCGGAUUCAAACUGUGACAAGAUGAGGCCUUUCAUCUGUUACGGCUGGGCUGUGAAGAAAUACAAGAUCAAACUACAGCUGAACACAACCAUUGCAAAUCUAAAUGACCCUGUGGUGAUGGAACAACUGCUCCAGCAAAUCGCUCUACGCGUGGGGAGAGCCAACGCCACUGAUCUGCUCAAACUCAGCUGGGUUAAAGACGCCAACGGAAAUGUUUUUAACAAAACAACCACCCCGUAAAAAUGUACUGAGAACUAGAGAUGAACCAAUGAACCACAUACAGACCAUCGAAAACAUCUCUGAUAGACUAGAGUGAAACUUUCAAACCUUUAUUUCAGGACAUUUUGAUUAUUAUGGCUCACAGACAAUGAAGAAAAUCUAAAAUUCUGUGUCUCAAAAUUAGAAUAGUGUUAAAAAGUUCAAUAUUGGGAAGUCGUGGUGUCACACUCUAAUCAGCCAAUUAACUGAAAACAUCUGCAAAGGUUUCCUGAGCCUUUAAAUGGUCUCUCAGUCUGGGUCAGUGGGCUGCACAAUCACUGACCCUCUCUACAAGAAGAACGACAGAAAAGGUCACAGAGUCCUGUAUCCAAGUAAAUUCAUAAAAACAAGUGAAAGAAAAAAAAAGGGAGGCAAAGGUGCAGCAGGAAUUCAGACCAAAAAGCCAAACCGAGUGUUGAGAGCAGAGAAAUGAACACACUUUUCAGAAGCCGGACAUUUCUGUUUAAUGUUUUUAUCUUAUGUAAUAUUCUAUUUUUCUGAGACACAGAAUUUGGGGUUUUCAUGAUCUGUAAGUCAUAAUCAUAAAAAUGUCAAGAAAUAAAAACUUCAACACUUGUGUUUAUAUAAUAUAUGGGUUUGA